AAUAAAUACAAAUAUAAGAAAACUAAUGAAAUAAUUAAAAAUACAAAUAAAUGAAUUAAACUAUGCUAGAUUUACUAAAACAUAAUUAAAAUUACAAUCUGAUAUUGCUAAAUUAUCAGAAAACGAGCUUUUUGAAAACGCAAUAAGUUCACUAAAUAUUCCGUCAAACAAAAGAAAUAUGGUACAACUUCGAUUAAUAGAGAUAUAAAUAGAUAAGUUCCCCUACAUUUAAAAAUUAAAGAAAUAAAAUCAAAAUUUAUCAAAGUAAGUAGCAAAAAUAUCCGAAUAUAAAAAAGCUCAAAAAGGUUAAGUAAUAAUAUACACAGGAACAGAUCCAGACAAUUUUUAUUUGAUUUUGAAAGGAAAAGUGGCUGUUUUAUUACCAAAAAUAUCUGAUUAAAUAGAAUAAGAACGAUAAUAAGGAGAAAUAGUGAAUUUAUAAAACAUUGUUAGUUAAUAAAAUUCAAAUAAUAAUAAUAAUAGCUAUCCAUAGAAAUAGCCAAUAUCUAAUAAUGUACUGAAUUAUUAAUAUUCUGAAUAAACAAAUACUAUUGAAAAAAAAAAUAUACAAAAUAUAAUAAAAUCGCCGAUUUCUAAUAAAAAUAUAUAAAAAUUUAUAUGUGAUAUCAAUAUUUAAGAAGGAGUAAAUUAAAAUUAAAAUAACUCUGAUUCUAAAAUGUUAUCUAAUUAUAUUUGCAAAGGAGUUGAUCUAUUUGUUGAUGAACUUAAAGAACCUCAUAAUUUGUAUGAAAAUGGCAUAUUUAAAUAUGAAUAUGUUAAAGAUAUUAAAUAAUAUGAAGUUUUUGGUGAAAUUGGCAUUCUUUUAAAAAUCCCAAGAUCUGCAACUAUUAUUGCAACUGAAAAUUGCGAUUUAAUUAGUAUUAGUAAAUAUAAUUAUGAAAGUUUAAUUAAUAGAUUAGAAGAAAUGAAAAUGUUUAAAAAAAUAUAAUUUUAUAGAGAUGAAGUUUUCAAAAUAGAUAUAAAUAAUUAAGAUAUGACUAAAAUAAUUAUUAAUUUUGCUGAAAAAUAAAAAUAUAAAAAUGUAUUAAUUUUUUUUUAUUCAAUGUAUAUAAAUUAAUUAUUAUUUUUAUAAAAUUAUUUUAAGAAUCAAUAUAUAUUUAAAUAAAAUGAUGAUGUAAAAUAAGUAUUUAUUAUUAAAAGAGGUGAAAUCAAAUUAACUAAAACAAUGGAAGAUAAUUAAAAACAAAUUGAUAUUAGUGUUUUAACAAAGUCUGAGUUUUUAGGAAGCGAAGAUAUUGUCUUUUAAAGAAAAAAAGACAAUUUAAUGCUAUAUGUUUAAGUGAAGUCGUUUUAUAUGUUUGUAAUAUUAAAUUAUUUAAUAGAAUUAUGA